GAGCUAAUAUAAAAACAGGAACCGCUAAGGUUAGAAAAUGUAUAGAGGCAAAAAAGCCAGAAAAAUUAAAACAUUGGAAAAUUUACUCAUCCGGUGGUGCUGUCAGGGUGGAAGGAAGCAAGAUUUUCCCUUUGUGAAGUGAAGAACGUUGCUGAAAAGACUUAAUCAUCAAACUUCUACCAUUAUCACUGGUGUGUCAGUGUUGAAGUGUCCAACAACAUGGCCCCUUCACUAGCCACAGCUUUCGCACGCCGCUGGUGGAUGGCAGUGACCGCGGUGAUUGAGAAUCUGCUCUUUUCUGCUGUACUCCUGGGAUGGGGCUCGUUACUUAUCAUGCUGAAAUCAGAGGGCUUCUACUCCUCCCUCUGCAAAGAACGAGACAAUAACACAAUGCACAAUGUGUCUGAAGAGAGUGCGGGAGUCAUGGUAAGCCCAGCAAACCAUACCGAAGAGUUCUUGAAAAUGAAUGGCUGGCCCAUCUGUAAAGAGCAGGACGAGAUGCUGAAUCUGGCCUUCACCAUCGGCUCCUUCCUUCUGAGCGCUAUUACAUUGCCGCUGGGCAUCAUCAUGGACAAGUACGGGCCACGCAAACUUCGCUUGCUUGGCAGUGCCAGUUUUGCCGUCUCCUGUAUCCUGAUUGCUUAUGGAGCCAGUGAUCCAAGAAAUCUGUCAAUCCUGAUCUUCUUUGCUCUGGCACUGAAUGGAUUCGGGGGCAUGUGUAUGACCUUUACCUCCCUCACACUCCCUAACAUGUUUGGAGAUCUACGCUCCACUUUCAUCGCGCUCAUGAUUGGAUCCUACGCAUCCUCUGCUGUCACGUUUCCAGGGAUUAAGGUGAUCUACGACCUUGGCGUGGCCUUUAUCACCAUCUUGGUUGUCUGGGCUGCCUGUGCUGGUCUUGUCUUCAUCAACUGCUUCUUUAACUGGCCUCUGGAGCCCUUUCCUGGACCCGAGGACAUGGACUACACUGUGAAGAUCAAGUUCAGCUGGCUGGGCUUUGACCAUAAGAUCACAGGCAAGCAGUUUUACAGGCAGGUGACCACUGUGGGCCGCAGACUGAGUGUGGGGAACUCCAUGAAAAACCAGCUGGCCACACAGGACGGAAACAAGAUCUGCUUGUCCACGGUUGACCUAGAUGUGCAGUGCAAGUCUACAGUGGAGUCCCAGUCAUUCAUGCGCAGUGUCUUCAGCCCCAUCUUCAUGCUCAGCCUGAUCACCAUGUGUGUCACUCAGCUGCGACUCAUCUUUUACAUGGGUGCCAUGAACAGCAUCCUGGAGUCCUUUACUGAAGGAGACCUCAGCAGAGUGGAAAAGAUGGAAAUGGUGAGCACAUACACAUCUAUCUUUGGUGUGCUACAGCUGCUGUGUCUCUUGACUGCUCCAGUCAUUGGGUAUAUCAUGGACUGGAAAUUAAAAGAGUGUGAAGACAAGAAUGAGAAACAAAUCAUAAAAGACCCCACCCAACCAAAGAAGCGUGACAGGCAGAUCCAGCAGAUCGGCAAUGCCACCAGGGCCUUUAUCUUCACCAACCUGCUGCUGGUGGGCUUCGGCAUCACCUGCCUGGUCUCCAACCUGCCUCUGCAGAUUUUCUCCUUUAUAUUGCACACCAUCGUGAGAGGCUUUAUCCAUUCUGCUGUGGGAGGCCUGUAUGCUGCUGUGUACCCCUCCUCUCAGUUUGGCAGUUUGACAGGACUGCAGUCUCUGAUCAGCGCUCUCUUUGCUCUUCUGCAGCAGCCUCUUUUCAUGGCCAUGAUGGGCCCAUUAGAGGGAGAUCCUCUCUGGGUAAAUGUGGGCCUGCUGGGUGUCAGCAUGCUGGGCUUCUGUCUCCCUGGAUAUCUCAUCUGUUAUGGCAAGCAGUUACGCAGGCAAAAACAGGAGCGUGAGGAUGACCCCAAGAUCUGUCUCAAGAACGGCAACAACCAAGAGGCAUUUGUCUGAACACGGACUCGCACAUUAAAGGCACAAAUCAGACUGAGAACCAAGAGGCAGUAGAACAGGAAGGAGAGAGGAAUCAUAGUUGCAAAGAGUGUAAUUCAUCUGUCCUCUUUCGGGUAUCUUCAACAGUGUUCCGCUACUCUAACACACACAGAAACACAUAGAAAAAGCAGCACAUGUAUUUGAACCCACCAAUGUGCUACCAACACAUUCACACAUGCUGUAGUCUCAGUAUCAGAUUUUCUGGUUGAACCAAGAUUAUCUACUGGAAAAAAAAAGUUCCUUUAAAGUGUUUUAAAAAGUUCCUCUAGUGUUAUCUGUGUAGCUGAAAUUCUCCUGUGGAUUAUGUGGACCUAACUACACUAUCAAGCCCCUUCUCUGUGCAUUAUAUAAACCCAGAUAAGAAGCCCGGACAGCCAACAAUACCUGAGUUCCUAGGUAUGAUUACCAUAUUUACUGGGUUUAAUUUACCUUUUACUGUCUGAUUACCCUGCCUCGUUUGCCAGUCCUGAUCUAUGUGGCCAGACUAAAAUAAAAAGGAGGAUAAAUUCCAUAGCGAUGAUACCAAACAAUCUUGUUUCUCCUGGAUAUUUCCCAGUCGGUUGGAUGAACACUGUGAACCACAUAUGAGGGACAUCUGAUGCUACCUGCACUGGCUCUCCUCUUACCCUUCAAUCUUAUUGAAGAACUUAUAAUACUCCUGAGUAAAACAGAUAUGAGCCACAUACACACUACCUAUCUGGCUUGACACGUCAAGAUUGUGCAAAGAAAGAGAAAAUGAAAAAAGGAGCUCCACAAAGGCAUAAUAUCCUGUUUUUACUUUUUGGAUCUUUAAAAAAAUAUAUAUUCCUGUUCUUCAUAUUACGGAUAUAUAGACAUACAGUAUUAAGGACAUACAGUACAUUAUGGACGGCAUGCUUAAAAAACAGAGAGAACCAUCUGCUUCAAGUCUUUUCAGACAUGCAUUAUUGCAAGUUAUUAUGACUAUAACCUCAGUUAUGUGACUUGAUAAUUCUGGUUCCUCCAGUGUUUACAAUGAUCUUACAGUCACAAAAACAGAUCCUAGUUGAACGCUUCUCCUUUGAGAGCUUUAACGAUUGCAGAUUAGGCCAGAUCCAGCAGUAUGUUAGACACUAGGAGUGGGCAUGAUGGCAAAAAUAUCAUAUUGCGAAAUUUGGAGAUGUCUUAUAUUGUUAUAUUUAGUUUUGCCACGAUUAACUGAGGCAGAGAUUUACAUGAAAUUCGAGCAUUUAAUAAGGGAAAAGAUGCGCACAGUGGCUUAAUUCUUCACACUUCUGGGGAUGGGAGUUCUUGCUGGGAAUCUUGCCUCAGGUCUGUGUGCAUCGAGUUUGCAUGAGGUGGCUUUCCUCCAGGUACUCUUGUUUCCUCCCUUCGAAGAUCUGUGAUUUAGGCCAAAUGAUGUUUCAAAAUUGCUCAUAGUGUAUGAUUGUGUGCCCGUACCAUGCUUUGUGCCCUGGAUAGACUCCAGGCCCCAUGUUAUCCUACACAGGAUAACCGGUAUAGAUAUUAGAUUAUUUCUAAUGUCGAAUCAUUUACAGCAAUAAUGAAAAAAACACUGACUCUGCUGCUGGAACUGUUCACAGUACUUAUAAAAGUGUGUCUUGAUCUUAAUAUAUCGCAAUAUAGAUAUCAUAUUGUUAUAUCGCCCAACAUUACUACCCACAGCACAGCAUGGCCAUGAUACUGCAGCUUUUCCUAAAAGGAGCCUGCUGCAUGUACUAAAUUAAAUAUAUAUUAAACAUGCGCUUUAUAAUUAUUGUAUGUUUUUUAAGAACAGUUAAAGCUGUAGCAUUAAAGUACCAAGCUGAUUAUUAUUAUUAUCUGAUUUAGCUGAUCAUUAGCAGUGCAAUGCAGAUUGUAGUUUACUAAGUUUCGAGAUAUAUUUCAAUUUCAGAUGAUUAGGAAGUUGCAGUGGACGUACAGUAUUACUCUAAAGUAAUGUUGUGCUUCACGAGUGGCUCCUGGAUGGUAACUUGAAAGCAAACAAGUGACUGUAAUAAAACAGAAAAUAAUUCACAUAUAGUAUUUUAUGCAUAUAGAAUUCACAUAUAGUACAACAGACUGAAUUUCACCAGCAAUAAGGUGCAAACCCAUAUUUAAUAGACUAAAAGUAUUGUACUCAUUCAUAGUGUGUCAGUGUUUUCCACCCAGUGUUGUAAAGGUAAACAUGAUAGUUAUAAUUAUAAUAGUAAUAAUAAUAAUAAUAAUAAUUAUUAUUAUUAUUAUUAUUAUAGAGGUUUCUUUCUUCUUUGUAUUUUUUUUUUACAUUUCAAGUUUUGCUUCAUCUAAUGAUGCUUUGCAUUCUUUUCAUGGAGAGAAAAUGAAAGACAUGGUGCUGGGUAAAUAUUAAGGAUUGAGCCUGCUCCUGUUAGUAUUUACAGUGAAUGUGUGACGUAAUCCUUCUCCAUACACUGUUGUCUAAGACCAACGUACAAAAGUGCUGUUUAGGCAGUCAGUCAUCUGUGUCCACAAGCGUGUUAGAUGUUUUCCUGUUACCAUGUUUACCCAAAUUGUUCUAAAUAGAAACGUCAUUUUCAUGUUUAUCCAGUAUCGGUUCCUUGUUGUUCCUUGAGUACAUCUGUAGUCACAUAUUUUUUUCAAGUUUGGCUAAACUUGAAUUUACUUUGCUAUUCAAACAGGGCGGUGCUUGAAAUGCUGUAUCACUUCUCUAGUCCCACAUUCAUGUAGCUAAAAUUAAGGCUGAGAUGCACUGGAUUUAGUCUAUGUUGUUUUUUCAUUGAAAGCUCAACUUUAACCCAGACCCAGAAAUGAUUCUCUUUGUUCUGAUUUCAGUGUGUUCUAUUUACGUCAACAUUUUACAAACUCAUGCAGUAUUUAAAUGUUUUAAAACGAGAUUUCCUACACACUUUCACAAUGAAAUGACUAACUGCUAGUUAUGAGAUAAUCACAGCUCUAACAGACCCUGUGUAGUGAUGCAUCAUGUGACAUGAACGUCACAGAGAAACAUCUCUGUUGCCUUAGUGAGUGAGUGCUCUGGUUAAACAGUGGCACUGGUGCACCUUGACCUUUCAUGAGGAUGAUAAAUCAGCAAAAUAUAUCCUUGCUGUGCAUGUAAUCAUAUCCCUUAGUCCUCGCCUCCUACCAAAGGUAGAAAACACAGCUUCACUGAUUUUCCCCAGAGGUGUUUAACUGUGAUUUUCAGUCGAAUAGAUGUGUGCAGAUUUCUUCUCUGUGUGUAGUGUGUACACGUGUCAGUGUUUACAGACUUGAACAUGUUUAGAUAUUAUGAAUUAAAUGUUACAUUAAUGCAGUAUUGUAAUAAAGCACAAGGAAUGUGUGAGUACAACCUUCAUACCACUCCCCCCCCUCCCCCCAAAUACUGGGUAAAAUGCACUUUUUUUCACUGCCAUACCUUAAUUA